AUGGUUAGCAAAGCAGAGGAGUCAUCAAAUUUAGUCAAUCUACUGAGCGAAGGAUAUCUGGAUUCCUACAACACACCAACGUUUCAGAAAGCUGAAAAAUUCAGUCCCUCAGAUUACAUAUUAACAGCUUCAGGAAAUAAAGUGUGCAGGGAUUCCAUUUUGUGUGGUAUGAAAAAUAUUCACAUGUUAGGGAAAUCAAUUAUAAAAAGUGAGGCCAUGUUGAGAGGAGAUUUGAGCAGCUUAUAUUUUGGAAAGUACGUUAUAAUAGGAUCGAAAACUCUCAUUUGUCCUUGUUUCUUACAUUGCAAAGGAAAUGCACAAUCAGUUAUGGCACAAAGUGAUGGAAAUAACCAAAGUAUGCAAAAAAGUAAAUCCAAGGAAAGUUCAUACAUAACAGUAACCAUAGGAGAUAACGUUUACAUUGGAAAAGCAUGCAUUAUCAAAGCUGCACUGAUCGGAAACAAUGUAGUCAUAGGAAAUAAUUGUGUUGUUGGAGAACGAGUAGUCAUAAAGGAUAACGUAAUUAUAAAGGACAAUACUUAUAUACCAAAUGAUACCACUAUUGCUUCCUUUUCAAAAUACGCAGGUUGUCCUGGAAAAUAUAUAAAAAAAUUACCUGAAUCUGCUGAAACGUAUUUGAAAGAUAUUUCUUAUAUGCACUAUAAAAAUUUCAUUCCUUCUUCUUGA